AUGGAAGAGGAGAAUGUUAAACAACCAUUGUUGGAGAAUAAGUACCAUAAGGACUGCCCUGGUUGUAAGGUGGAUCAAGCCAAAGAGCUGAGUCAAGGACAGGGUGUACCCAUUAAAAAUCUUUUGAUCAUAUGGAUGGUGGUGUUAUGUGCUGCACUGCCUAUAUCAUCUCUCUUUCCGUUCCUUUACUUUAUGGUAAGGGAUUUGCAUAUUGCAAAGACAGAAGCUGAUGUUAGUUCUUAUGCUGGUUAUGUGGGAUCCGCAUACAUGUUUGGCAGAUGUUUGACAUCUGUAUUGUGGGGAAUUAUAGCUGAUCGCUAUGGUCGAAAGCCUGUUCUAGUUAUAGGGGUCAUCACAGUUGUCAUUUUCAACACACUAUUUGGCCUUAGCACAACUUUUUGGAUGGCUUUGACCAUGAGAUUUCUUUUGGGAAGUUUAAAUGGUUUGCUUGGACCAGUGAAGGCCUAUGCUACUGAACUUUUUCGGGAAGAACACCAAGCUCUAGGACUCUCAACUGUCAGUGCAGCUUGGGGCAUAGGUUUAAUCAUUGGCCCAGCACUGGGGGGCUAUCUGGCUCAGCCAGUAGAGAAAUACCCUCAUAUAUUUCCAAAAAAUUCCUUUUGGGAUAAGUUUCCAUACUUCUUGCCCUGCUUUGCAAUAUCAGCAGUUUCAUUUGUAGUCUCUAUUUUCUGUAUAUGGAUUCCAGAAACACUUCACAACCACGGAAAUGAAUCAAAAGAUGAUGCUGAAGCUAUAGAGAAUGGAAGCAGUAAGGCUGACAGAGACGAGAAAAUCCAAAAGAACGAAAACCUCCUCCUGAACUGGCCAUUAAUGUCAUCUGUCAUUGUUUAUUCUGUUUUCUCACUUCAUGAUAUUGCUUAUCAAGAGAUUUUCUCAUUAUGGGCUGUCAGUUCUCCAAGGCUAGGGGGUUUGAACUUUACAACUGAUGAUGUUGGUAAUGUUCUUUCAAUAUCAGGUUUUGCACUUAUCAUCUACCAACUUUCCUUAUACCCAUCUGUGGAAAAAAUAUUUGGACCUAUUCAUAUUGCCCGCAUCUCGGGGAUAUUAUCUCUACCACUUUUGCAAAGUUACCCCUUCAUAGCAUUGUUGUCUGGCUUAGCACUAUUCAUAGUGAUAAGUAUUGCCUCAAUUCUGAAGAAUAUUUUGUCUCUGACCAUUAUAACUGGUUUGUUCCUUAUACAAAACCGAGCUGUGGAACAACACCAAAGGGGGGCAGCUAAUGGCAUUUCUAUGACAGGCAUGUCACUAUUCAAAGCUAUUGGCCCUGCUGCUGCUGGUGCAGUAUUAACUUGGUCACAGAAACGGAUGGAUGCUUCAUUCCUCCCAGGCACCCACAUGGUCUUCUUAGCACUGAACUUGGUUGAAGGACUUGGAAUACUAAUGAUGUUCAAACCAUUCCUUGGUGAAAAGAAGGAAACACAUUCAAGUCAGAUAUAA